GCGCCGCCCCGCGCCGCCAUCUUGGCAGGAGCCGUGAGGGAGCCGUGAGGGAGCCGCGGCCGCCGCCGCCCGCCCCGCCCGCUCCGCCGCCAUCGCGGCCCGGCCGCCGCUCCCCGCCUGCCUCCCUCCCGCGGCCGCGGCCAGGAGGGGCCGCCCGGGGCCUGGCGGCUGCGGAGAGAUGAGCAACGCCAGCAAUAAGAGAGCCCCGACAACGGCGACGCAGAGGCUGAAGCAGGAUUACCUGAGGAUCAAAAAGGAUCCCGUGCCUUACAUCUGUGCAGAGCCCCUCCCCUCCAACAUCCUGGAAUGGCACUACGUGGUGCGAGGGCCAGAGCUGACCCCCUAUGAAGGUGGAUAUUACCACGGAAAAUUAAUAUUCCCUCGAGAAUUCCCUUUCAAACCUCCCAGUAUUUAUAUGAUCACCCCCAAUGGAAGGUUCAAGUGCAACACCAGGUUGUGUCUGUCCAUCACGGAUUUCCACCCGGACACCUGGAACCCGGCCUGGUCGGUGUCCACCAUCCUGACAGGGCUGCUCAGCUUCAUGGUGGAGAAGGGGCCCACCCUGGGCAGCAUCGAGACCUCCGAGUUCACCAAAAGGCAGCUGGCUGCACAGAGCUUAGCAUUUAAUUUAAAAGAUAAAGUCUUCUGUGAGCUCUUCCCUGAAGUGGUGGAGGAGAUGAAGCAGAAGCAGAAAGCCCAGGAGGAGCUGAGCUCCCGGCCUCCCUCGCUGCCGCUGCCGGACGUGGUGCCGGACGGGGACGCGCACCUGGGCCACCACGGGCACGCGCUGCUGGCCGGGCAGCCGGCGGGCCCCGGGCGCGGCGCGGCGCUGCAGCAGCCCCACAGGAACCACGGACUCUUGGGGGGAGCCCUGGCGAACUUGUUUGUCAUCGUGGGCUUCGCCGCCUUCGCCUACACAGUCAAGUACGUGCUGAGGAGCAUAGCCCAGGAGUGAGGGCGUCCCCAGGACCAAAUUCCAGGGGGGUCUGGGCUCGGCGGGACUCGGCGGGGGCAACGUUUGGGGCUUUCGGCCUUGCCGGGUUGAGCUGGGGAUUUGGGUUGAGGAGUCGAAGCGCUGUUGGGGAGCCACUGCAUUUUGUUGCUUUGGUUUGUAGAGUUCUUCUCCAUCUGUGGUUUCAAAAUUGAAAAAUCUGCAGUAAAUUCUUAUUCCAUUGA